UCUUCUAUUUCCUUUAAAGAAUCCUAUUCUCUUCCACUUUUUACCGAGAUCAUGUCUCUUGUUGCAUAUAUAAUUUGCAGGCAACUCUCAUUUGCAUCACUUCUUUUUCCUCCAAGUUGUAAUUCAAGUUGGUCUUCGUCCAAAUUGUUUUGAACUAGGUGAAGCAAUGGGAAUGGCAAUAUCUAGACUCGUGAAGUUACUCUUUGCAAGGAAAGAAAUGAGGAUCCUGAUGGUGGGUCUAGAUGCUGCAGGGAAAACAACUAUCCUCUACAAGUUGAAGCUUGGAGAGAUUGUUACUACCAUACCUACAAUAGGGUUCAACGUGGAAACUGUUGAAUACAAAAACGUUAGUUUCACUGUCUGGGAUGUUGGAGGACAGGAUAAGAUUCGACCGUUAUGGAGACACUACUUCCAGAACACCCAGGGCCUUAUAUUUGUGGUGGAUAGCAAUGACAGAGAAAGGGUUACAGAAGCCAGAGAUGAGCUUCAUCGAAUGCUGAGCGAGGAUGAACUGCGUGAUGCGACACUGCUUAUUUUUGCCAAUAAGCAAGACCUUCCAAAUGCUAUGAGUGUCUCAGAAAUCACUGAUAAGCUUGGUUUGCACUCUUUGCGCCAGCGUCGUUGGUACAUUCAGGCUGCUUGCGCCACCUCUGGCCAAGGACUAUACGAAGGUCUUGAUUGGCUGUCAAGCAAUAUCUCUAGCAAGGCAUGAUCAAAUAAGCAUGGAAGUUGCUUUCCAUGUCGUAGCCGGUCGCUAUUGCUAUCCACAAAGCUAGCUAGCUAGCUAAGUAAAGGAGUUUAUUCUUCACAAAAGAUGCAUGUAAUCAGAAUUUCACGUGGUGAUGUGAUUCUAAACAACUAGUACUACAGCUUUUGGUAUAACUUGUGUUACAGAAAAUUGAGUGCUGGUGUUUUAGCUUAUGUGAUCGGACGUCAUCAGUCCGAUCUCUUACAGGAGCUGUCCGGGAUAACUAACUUGUAAAAUGCACAUGUUUAUCAUAAAAGGUCACCUUAAUCUCUGUUUUUAGAA